AUGACUUCUACUGCAACGCCGCAGAACUCGACACAGGCGACAAACACUGCAGCACCCUCUUAUGCGUCCGCUGCCAGUGCGUCGAAGAAGCCUGCUGCCGGCCCGAACACCCUAGUUGCUUCGGGCUCCCAUCCUGCCCCUGUCGUGGUCGGUUCCUCCGCCACCUCCAACGCGAAGCCUGCUUCGGCCUCCCCAGCGAACGGCAGGCCCACCAUUCCUCCAGCCGUCCCUGUGGUUCACGGUUCGUCCGCCGUGAACGGUGGCGCCGCUGACCACGCCCGGAAGCCCUCCGUCACCAUUAGCGCUAAUGGUCCCCCGUCCUACGGCGCAAACGGCGGUCCUGUAGGCGGUCCCAAGAACAUCCAGUUCGGCUUCCGCGACUCUCCAGUCGUGUCCCACAGCACUCCUCAGCUCGGUGCUUCUUCCCCCAUCCCCAUUCCCGGUGGCGGUAACCCCAGGGUGGCCUCUCCCGCUCAAUCACCUUCGCCCAUCCCCCAACCGGCUGCGAGCGGCGGUCGACCUCCUGCGGGUCUUCAGUCUGGAGACGUCAAGCCUAGCUUUGGCAGCUUCAAUAACGAUCCUGAGCGCCACAUGAGAGCGUCUAUUCCCCCUAAUAACCCGGCUCUUCACAACCAACCCCUGCACACGCGGCAGGGCUCUAAUAUCUCCAUGGCGAGCACCGGCGACAUGGGCAAUCAGGGUAUGCCCGGUCCCAACCGUGGCGGCUACCACCACGGCGGACGUGGCCGAGGAUUCAACCCCAACAAUCCUCCUUACAACCCCCAGGCAGGCUACCCUCCCCCGAACUCGUACCGAAACGGUCACGGCCAGGGCCGCAACUCGAUGCCGCCCGCUUUCCAACCACAGCCACCUCCGCGAGGCUACGCGAACAGCCCCCAGCCGACUCGAGGCAGUCCUGCGCUUAUGCCUUCUAACCCCAACACGCCUAACAUGGCACCCGCGAUGCCUGUUCAAACUCCUCCUCAAUUCUACGCUCCUCCUAUGGGCGGCCAACCUGUACAUAACCCUCCUCCCCCUAUUUCCUAUGCGUCUUCCUCUAUUUCCUUUGUAUCUUCUUCUUCCUCUACGCACUCUCAGACGCGGGGCGCCAGAAAGUAUGCCAAGUCCUUCGACUGGGACAAGCGACCCGAGACCGAGUCUUCUUGGAGGGGCAGUCCCCCAGGCAGUCCCCCGCAUGCCAAGCGGUUCCAGCGCUCAAGUAAGCGCGGCGGUAAUAGUUAUUCGCGCUCGGCUGUCUACCCUGAUCUGUACCGUCCGCCUCCUGUUGCAUAUCGACGCAACAACGGCGUAGACUCGCGUUACGUCUCGGAACAGCUGCCUCAGCAGAAGCAGCAACAGAAGCAGCAGUACCAGUAUCAGCGGCAGCAACCUCAUCCGGCUCAAGUGCCGCGCGGCCAGCAAAUCCUGCCCCAUCCUCUGGACAUUGACCUCUCUCCCGAGACUGAAAACUUUGAAAAGAUUCAGCAGGUGCUAACUCAGAGAAAACAGAACAUGCCAGGUCCAUACGUCUACACGCAGCCCGGUGCUGUUAACCAGUAUCCCGGCCCUAUGGCUCACAUGGGCUAUGGUAACUACGCUAUGCCUUAUCCCGGCCAGACUGGCUCGCCAGCUUUUGGCCCGCCGUACGGCGCGCCUCCCUUCCACCCCGCUGGCCCCGCCGCCAUGUCUCGAACCCCGUCUACCUCAGAGAAGCCUAACCUCGGCGUUGGCCCUGGCAACCAGCCCGUUGUAGUUUCGUCCCCACAGAUCUCCCACGCGCAAGGAAAGCCGCCCGUCGUGUCUGGUUCGGGGAACCUGGCGCGCCAGAGCAAGAGGAGCGCGGCCCUCGUCAUCAAGAGGCCCGACGGCGAGGUUGUUGACGUUGCCAAUAUCAAAUCGUCUUCUCCCGCGCCUACCAGCAGGACGCCUCCCGUAGUAUCCUCUACCGCCACGCCCCCGACCAAGCCUUCCACACCCGCACAUGCCCGCACCGAGUCUGCGGCGCCUCCCAAGACCAAGGAGGAGGUGCAGGAGGAGCUUCGCACUAAGAUCGCCGAGGCGACGGCGCAAGCGUCUAGGACUUCGGAUGCUAAGGCCGAAGAGGCUGCCGCCAAGGCCGAGGCCGAGGCAAAAGCAAAGGCCGAAGCCGAAGCCAAGGCGAAGAAGGAAGCCGAGGAGAAGGCUAAGGCUGAAGCUGAGAAGAAGGCCAAGGAAGAGGCAGAAAAGAAGGCCAAGGAGGAAGCUGAAGCCAAGGCUAAGAAGGAGGCCGAAGAGAAGGCCAAGGCGGAAGCCGAGGCUGAGGCCGAGAAGAAGAAGAAGGAGGCUGAGGCCGCCGCCGAGACUGAAGAGGAUGAGAUGGAGCGAAUCAUCCGCGAGAUGGAGGAAGCCGACCGGUUACGCGAGGCCGAGGAGGAGGAGCACCGCAAGAAGGCCGAGGCUGCCAAGGCGGAAGCUAAGAAGAAGGCUGAUGCGGAUCGCGCAUCCCAGGCUGCCGAGAACGACCGAAAGCUUCGUGAGGCCGAGCGUGAGAUGGAACGACUCGAGGAAGAAAAGGAGAGGCGAGCUAAGCAGGGCGCCGGCUCCGGCAAGAGUGUUGCCGAGCUUCUUUCCCAAGCGCGCAGCGGCAACCUACCUGCCGAGGAAUCGCCUAAGCUUGACGCCGUUACCGACAAGCUUGCGAGCAUGAGCCUGGGUGCGGCAUCCAGCGACUCGAAGCCCCCCACGCCUACAUCCGCCACCGGAAAGGGCCCCGACAAGCAGCAGCGAAAGCCUGCGGCGCUCAACCUUUCUCUCAACACCAAGCCCGUCGAGGCUCCCCAACCCAGCGCUGCUCUCCAGUCUCUCAAGACGUCUCGAUUCCUCACCAUCAAGGAAGCGCACGACCCCAGCAUCUACGCCGGAAGCAGCAUUGCCUCCCCCAACCCGGCCGUCAACGCUGCAGUGGGCAAGCGUGGCCAGGCUUUCAAGUACGAUGCGGCUUUCUUGCUGCAGUUCCAGAACGUCUUCACCGAGCAGCCAUCGCUCGAGUUCCAGUCUCAAGUUAAAUCUCUGAUCGGAGAUUCGGAUGGUGCCAAGUCCACCACCUCUCGUGCCCCUGCCGGCUCGCGAUCGAGCACUCGUGGAGGUGCUGGCGGAGGCGGCGGUGGUGGUUUCCCCACCCCUGUUCCUAUCGGCUCGUUCCGCACAUCGGGUCCCGGAGGACCUGGAAUCCCGUCUCAGGGUCGAGCUUCGAUGCCUGGAAUGCCCGGCGGAUUCCGUGGCUCGUUCCCUGGAAGUCUCAUGGCCGGUGGCAGACAACCAUCCAACCCCAGCAUGGGCCCCAACUCGCCUAGGCAAGGUAGCACGCGCAGGCAAGGCAGCCACCGCCAGCAAGGCUUCAGCCAGAAGGAAGCUCAGAAUGCCAAGACCAUGCCUCUCACUCAGGGCCAAGAGUUGAAGCCCAUCACGGUUUCUGCCUCGGGCUGGAAGCCCACAAGCAUUGGCAAGGGCGCCCAAGCCAGUGCCACAGGCCACCUCGAGCCCGAGCUGGUGCAGCGUAAGGUCAAGGCGGCGCUCAACAAGAUGACGCCCGAAAACUUUGACAGGAUCUCGGACCAGAUCCUCACAAUUGCCAACCAAUCAAAGAACGAGAACGACGGCCGCACGUUGCGCCAAGUCAUUCAGCUCACAUUCGAGAAGGCCACCGAUGAACCCCACUUCUCGACGACGUAUGCCAAGUUCUGCAAGCGCAUGCUUGAUCAGAUGUCCCCCGAGAUCAAGGAUGAUACCAUCAAGGACAAGCAUGGAAAUGUCGUUAGCGGCGGCAACCUCUUCCGCAAGUACCUCCUCAACCGAUGCCAAGAAGAGUACGAGAAGGGCUGGAGCGUGCCUGAGAAGGCUGGCGAGAGCAAGGUGCACGGUGCCGAGCUGUUGUCCGACGAGUACUACGAGGCCGCCGCCGUCAAGCGUCGCGGUCUCGGUCUGGUCCGCUUCAUUGGUGAGCUUUUCAAGCUUGGUAUGCUCACGGAACGUAUCAUCCACGGAUGUGUUCACGGCCUCGUCGACUACAAGGACGAGCCCAAGGAGGCCGAGAUCGAAUCUCUGUGCUUCCUCCUCAGGACCGUCGGCGCUCAGCUCGAUGCCUCCGAAAAGGGCAAACCUAUGAUGGAUGCCUACUUCAAGCGUAUCCAGGGCAUGAUCGACCUCCCCGAUCUCGAGAACCGUCUCAAGUUCAUGCUCAUGGACGUCCGUGACCUCCGCGAGGAGGGCUGGAAGUCCGCCGAGGCCAACAAGGGCCCCAAGACCCUCGAAGAAGUCCGCGCCGAUGCCGAGAAGCUCGCCGCAGCUAAGGCGGCCGAGGCGGCGAGGUCCCAGCGUGGUGGUGGUGGCCCCAGGCCUCCCAUGGGCCGUGGAGAUGCUAGGUCCUUCUCCUCGGGUUACGGCCAGACGACGAACGUCGUGGGCAUGGACGACCUCAAGCGCCUCAAGUCCAACAGCAGGCUCCCUAGCAGCGGAGUUACUCUUGGCCCCCACUCAAUGCUCUCGUCCCGAUCCAACAGCGGUCGCCGUCCUGGUGGCCCUGGUGGUGUGCUCGGACGAUCGGGAGACAACUCUGGCAUGUCCUCCCGGACUGGCACUCCUCCCACAAGGGAGUCUUCAAACACCUUUGGUCUUCUAGCGACGAUGGACUCGGAAAACCCCGUCUCUCCUCCUUCAACGUCAGCUUCCCCGGCCUUGUCCAAGGUCGUCCCUGACAAGAAGCCUUGA